AUGAACACCGUCGGCGAUAUGGCGGCCAUGACCUCUAUGGCUGCCUCGCAGUCAGACACAGACUCAGGUGCAGACGAGGAGCUUCAGAGCUUGCAACGACGAUCUCAGGUUGUUGUGAGGAAUGGAAGGAGCUGUGGGUGGAGGUGGUGGGGACCCUUCGGGGUGACCUUGAGCAUCACCUUGCUCGUGGCUAACGAGAUGGCAGAGCACUUCAUGUCCAAGGAUGAGAAAGCCACAAACAACAUGGACAAGUCGCAAGAGUUUGACGCCCCUGCAAGUCAGCGAGUCCCAGACUAUGCAAGUGAGGAGGACUGGUCUGACACGGACCAUUCAGACCGCUCGGGCCUUGACCUGAUCGGAAUGAAUCAGAUGGGGCAUUCUCAAGUUCCAGGCGGGUUCCUUCAAGGCGGAGGGUGUCCUGCCGUGUGCGGGUGGUAUACCGGUUGCAAAUAUCACUACGCGAAGACAACAUUGACAAUGACUACCACUUGCCCACAAGCUGCUGGCUUGCCUCCCCUACCAGGCUACCCAAUGGCACACCCUCCUGAGUGCUACGCGGUUGCGCCAAUUCCGGGACAUUAUCCAGGCUAUGGCGACUACACGGGCAAGGGUCUCAAGUCCGCGGACCGUCUCCUGUUUGGAGGCGGCUGGGGCCCAGCGUACGGCGGCUGGGGUAGAGGCUGGGGAAGAGGCUGGGGCAAUGGCAUGUACGGCAACGGCAACAUGUAUGGCAAUGGAAUGGGUGGGUGGAGCAAUCCUGCAGCCAUGGGCCCUGCAGCCAUGAAGAGCCCCCCCAAAGACGGCCAGGGUGCUCCUCCUGGCCAAGGCUGGGGCAAUGGCUGGGCCCAAAACCAGCCACAAGCCCCUCAACAGAGCAACAACAAACCUACUCCGGGACAAGUCUGGAGCAACAACGGCAAGGGCGCAUGGGGCAAUAAGCCCUGGGCGCAGGGCCAGCCAACCGCUCCCCCAAAGGACAACAAGGCUCCCGCCCAGGGCUGGGGCAAUUGGGGCAACAAUGGCAAGGGCGCAUGGGGCAACAAUCCAUCUGCCAUGAUGGCAGGCAACGCCACGGGUGCUCCUGCUUCUGGCGCAGGAUGGGGCAACUAUGGCAACGGCUGGGGCAACUAUGGCAAGGGCUGGUAUGGCAGGGGCUGGUAUGGCAACCGCUGGGGCAACUACGGCGGUGGUUGGGGUAGCAAGUGGCCCGCUUAUGGCGGUGGCAUGGGGUGGAGCAAGCCUCCAGCGCAAAAUGGCUUGUACGGCUAUGAGCCACAGGAGCCAGUCCAGACCACACCAGCACCAGCGGCAAUCUCGGUGCCCAAGCCCCCAGCAGCCAAGCCAGCAGCAGCCGUGCCACCAGCAGCCAUGCCAGCAGCAGCCAAGCCACAAGCAGCCAAGCCACCAGCACCCAUGGCCAUGACAAAACCUGCUACGCUGCCCAGCCCGCCUCUUGCUAGCAUACCUUCCGCUGGUUUGCCUUCCGCUGCCAAGAAGCCGGCUGAGCCCAAGCACUAUGCUAAGUAUUGGUCCAAGUACUACAAGAUCCUAUAUGGCGGCAAGUGGAGCCAAUACUAUGGUGGAGUGAAGCGCGGAUUCAACAUCUGGAAGAUGGGAAGCGGGCACUACAGGUGGCUGUGGGGUAAGCUCUAUGGAGGUUUGUACGGCAAGAAGAAAGUCUGCCAGAAAUUUGGAUACCAAGGAAAGGACUUGUCGGGGAUGCAGGGGUGGUACUCGAAGCAAUAUCCUGGCUGGGACACGACGACAAUGACCACCACAAAGGUUGUUUUUGUGUGCACCAGCAUCUACUGCCAGAUCCCUCUCGAGUUCGUGAAUGACACGUACUGCGAUUGUGCAGAUUGCGAGGACGAAGCAGAGUACACUUGCCAUACCUGCCCAAAAACCAAGACUCAGACAACAACAAGCCUGACGUCGACAAGCACCUCUGGGACAACAACCUCGGUGACAACCAUCACGACGACAACAACGAGUCUGUCAACGACCACGCUGACUACCAUUACAGCGACCUUGACAACUGUCACCUUUACUACGCUGCCGCCGCCACCUGCGCCCGCUCCAUUCGUGCCGAUCGGGCAGGGCAACGAUGGUGCAGUGAUUGGCGCUGCUUUGGGGUCAACUUUGGGAGCUGCUCUCGCAGUCUCUUUGGGCGUGGGCAUCGGCCUGUCAACCGGCCUUGGGCUCUUCUUCGCCAUUGGUAGUUUCAGGCUUGCCGUACCUGACGCUGGUUCAUUCCAACAGGAUGAUGAUGCAGUCGCUGCUCUCAAGCGCACGGUUGCCAAGAUUGCCGGGCCAAACAUCGACGACAGCACCGUUGAGUUGACCCUGCCGUGCCCAAAUGCAGCCAGACGCCUUGAUGUCCGCUCUGCAUUUCGCCGCUUGGAUGAGACUAUCGGUGUUUGCUUCAGGAUCCAGAUCCGCGGUGAGGAGGCCAGCACCAGUGUCUGUGAAAGACUCUCGGGCUUUGGCACAGGAGGCGCUCAGCGAAUUCUCUCCGAAGAGCUGAACAAUCUUCCUGGACGAUCUGUGCGUGUGGUCAAUUGGGAAGCCCAGCCCAACCCAAUCGCCUACAAUCCAAAUCAGAACGCUGGAGGCGAUGAUGGAUUGUUCGACCCAACCCAGGCUGGAAUCUCACUUGGCUAG